UCGCGCUGUUUCUCUCCCUGUCUCUGCCAGUCAGUCCUGGUGCAAACAUGACAAUUUUGCGCUCCUCAUAUACUCCCCGUAGCUUUUGCUAAAUAUCUCUAUGGGACAGGCUAAAACAGCACACAAGGCGUUAAGGUUGCCAAUGCCAUCUCACCAGCUCAGUGGAGUUAUUUGACCUUCGGUGAUGCGAGGAAUCCUUAAGGGGCCAGCAGCUGUUUGUGUGCGCCUGUGGUGUGACAGCCCCCGCCCCCACCUCACCGCGCCUGGGGACUAAUAUUUCAACCCUGCUAAAAUGCCUUCCCAGAACAUGUGCUGUCUGUCACUCAACUUAUUUGGAAUACCCGGUGGCGACACAAAGUUGAAUGAAAAGUUAAAGCGCGUUUCCACAGUACUAAGACUUGAACCUCGCCCGAAACCGGUGCCUUUCACUACACAACCGCACAUUCAGCUCGCAGAGCGUAGAUCUGCUGGACUUGUUACUGGAGGUGCUUGGUAUUGUUUGGGUCUAGUCCGACAUGGCUGGCACUAUUACAAACUGCAUAGCCCUUGUGCUUCUGGGAGCUGUUCUUGCACAGGCAUCAUAUUUACCUGAAGAUGAAACUGGUGAAUCAGAGAGCAUUCCUGUCCUGCAUCCCUGGCAACAGAGAACAGCAAAAGGUUCCAGUCUGAUAAGGGUAAAAAGAGCCUGGGUCAUACCUCCGAUACGUGUGUCUGAGAACUUGAGACAAAUUCCACAGUUUCUAGUUCAGGUAAAAUCUGACAAGCAGACACCAGGAUCUGUCCUUUACAGCAUCAAGGGGCCAGGAGUUGAUGAAGAACCAUAUGGUGUUUUUAGCAUUGAUCAGUAUAACGGUAACGUCUCCGUGAAUGCUGUGCUGGACAGAGAGAAACAUGAGAAGUUUAAGCUUAAAGUAUAUGCUGUGGAUAGUAAUGGGAAACCUUUGGAAGAUCCUACAAAUCUGGAGAUCGUUGUGAUUGAUCAAAAUGACAACAAGCCUACCUUCCUACAGCAGAUUUUUACUGGUCGCAUCCCAGAAGGUUCUGCCCCAGGGACAUUAGUGGCCAUGGACACAAAAAUAGAAGCUAAGGAUGAUGAUGACCCUACCACUGAGAAUGCCAUGCUGAAGUUUUCAAUCAUUGAUCAUGGAAAUGGGGCCCAGAUAUUCAGCAUCAAUGAAGACACUGGGGAGAUCCGUACAAUCAGUGUUGGACUUGAUCGAGAGAAAAUGAGUACCUACAACUUGACAUUGCAAGUUGCAGACCAGGAAGGUAAUGGACUAACCAACACUGCAAAAGCAGUCAUUAGGAUAACGGAUGUUAAUGACAACCCACCUGUCUUCACUGCCAAGCAAUUUUUUAUGCAAGUGGUGGAGCACAAAGGUAGUGUGGAAGUGGGCCGUGUCAGUGUUGCUGACAGUGAUGAGCAUGGAUCACCUAACUGGCGAGUAAAAUAUACGAUUAUUGGUGGAGAUCCAGAUAAAGAAUUUACUAUUCAAACUGAUCCUGAAACCAACGAGGGAGUUUUAUAUGUAAUCAAGUCUCUUGAUCAUGAGAAGAAGUCCCUGUAUGAGCUGAUAGUCACCGUUGUGAAUGAAAAUGAGCUAAACACUUCCAUGCCUCCAGCACCAAGCACUGCCAUCAUUAUCGUCACAGUGAAAGAUCUGAAUGAAGAGCCGGCAUUUCUGGAGAACCCCAAAAUUGUCAAAGUUCCUGAACAUUUAAAGAAGGGCUCACACAUUACAACCUACACGGCCAGAGACCCAGAUUUUGAUCCACAAACCCUGAGGUACAGCAUACAGUAUGACCCAGCUAAGUGGCUGGUGAUUGACCCUGAUACAGGCUCUGUAACAGCCAACAGGGAGAUCAGUCGAAAGUCGCCAUACCUAACUAACAACUGGUAUACCACUGUCAUCAUUGCAACUGAUGAUGCUGCACUCCCAAAUACUGCUACAGGGACCCUUUCAAUUCAUGUUUUGGAGGUAAAUGACUUUGCUCCUAUCAUGUUCCCACUGACUGCUACAACCUGUAGUGAAACUGACAAAGGGAAGGGAGUCAUCCUUAGUGCCCAUGAUGAAGACAUGCAACCACAAGCUCAGCCUUUUUAUUUUGCCUUCAGCCCAGACAGAAUUACGUCUUUCCAGAACUGGACCAUAGUUAAAGUCAAUGAUACUCAUUCCAGACUGGAGCUUCGGAACGAUGUUGAGGAGGGUCUUCAUAUUCUUCCAAUAAUAGUGAGUGACUCAGGCGAGCCACAGCAGCAUAGUGAGGCACUUCUGAAUGUAACUGUGUGUCACUGUGACAAUAAUGGGAGCUGUAAGCCGGGGUUAGCAGCCAUCUUUAAUAGCAGUAUUGGACUUAGCUUUGGAGCCCUAAUGAUUAUCCUUGCCAGCAUCAUCCUUCUUCUCUUGUUGCUUCUACUGGUUACCAUCUAUGAACGUUGUCGACAUCGUGAAUUUCAAAAAGGGCUUCUGGAGGGAUCUGAUGAUGAUAUUCGGGACAAUGUUCUGAAUUAUGAUGAACAAGGUGGAGGCGAAGAGGACCAGGAUGCAUAUGAUAUAGCACAGCUACGGAAUCCAGAUGCUGUAUUCACACCACCUUCUCCGAGAGGUAAACAGCCAAUCAGGAAAGAUGCACCAUCUAGCUAUGCUGCUCCAUUGUAUCCAAAAAGACCACUCACCAAUCCAAAUGACAUUGAAGAUUUCAUUAAUAAUGGCUUGGAUGCUGCAGAUAAUGAUCCAAAUGUACCCCCUUAUGACACUGCUCUGAUUUAUGACUAUGAGGGAGAUGGUUCACUGGCAGGUUCCUUGAGCUCCAUUGUGUCUGGCUCAGCAGACACAGAUGUGGAUUAUGACUACCUUAAUGACUGGGGACCACGCUUUAAAAAGCUGGCAGACAUGUAUGGUGAACAAUGACAGAGUUAAAGGGCAAGAGAGGACUCUGGAACAGACUCAAUCUUUCAUCAUCCUCCUUCUUGUACAUGGAAUCGUCCGUUCCUUGCCAAGCACUGAACAUUGUAUGACAGCACUAUGUGCAAGUCAGAUUCACUGUGUACACAGAACUUUAAAGGGUGCACUGGACAUUAUCUAACGAUUAAUAGUAAUGACAUUUUUUACACCUGUAUCAGAGAUUGCAUGAAUCACAAUUACUUCUUUGGUUGCAAGCAUCCUCAGUCUAUUCUUACUUCUAAAUCAGUAAUUUGGCUUUUUUUGUUUUAUCAGAUAAAAGAUGAAUGCACCAGAAGUGUUACUUGGGGGUGAGGGGUAUGUAUAUUAGCUACUUUCCCCAUUUAUAUAGUUUGCAUUCACAGUAGCUUAUUGCAUCUGACACAUACAGUCCAUCGCUUUACAUCAGUGAGUAAGCCAUGGUGUCUUGUGAAAGUUAUCGAAGAGCAGAAGUACAAAUUUGUUGAAAGAUAUCCAUUGCUUAUCACUCAUAACUAAUACAGUCAGUCUUUGCAGACCAUUAUAAAGAGUUUUUAUAAGUUACAGAUUUUGACAGGAAAUUUUUGUUGUUCCAAUUUGAGGAGAGGCCUUGUCAUUUUUAAAUAGCAAAUAUAUUAGGACUAGUUCUCUUUUCUUCAUCCAGAAGAAAGCCAUGCCCAUGCACACAUGACACUAUAUGUUCUAAGUAAUAAUGCAUAGAACACUGAGGUUGUCCUGCAAAAACAACAUGUUUGAGUAACCUGUUAGGCAUGAGGCAAAGCUCUUUAUGUGUGAAUACAUCGAAAGACUAUGUAUUUCAGCUUUCUAAUGCAUGCCCAGCAUCCAGUAGAGCACAUAAGUGGAAUAAAUUAUGUACAUAACUGUUUCUCCGAGAACACAAUGGAAAUAAUAAAUUGCAUAUACUCUGCAUCAUUUACAUUCCAAUUAAUCAUAAAUAUAUGUGUAUGUGUGCACGUACACAUAUGCACUCAUAAAUAAUUUUCUACAGAAAGAGUUAAAGAGUGUCAUAUAAGAUAAACACUGGCAUUGUCACUGUCACAAAAUAAAUACAACAGUGACAUAGCUGGAGUGGAAAAAUCAUUAAUAUUUUCACUCAAGCUGUGCCACGUCACAUCUCCCAAUAUUUGUACAAAACACUGCAUACCUAGCCCUGGCAACAGUGCUUGUUUAGUGCAGAGGAUUAAGGCUAUGAGCGAACAAUGAGUUUCACCCUGUACUCCAGAGUUUGAUUUCCACAGCCUCCAUUUACCUGUUGUGUUCCUCAGUUGCCUGGCUUGAUUUGGUGGGUUUAUCCACUUAAAAAUUAAUUAAAUAAAAAAGAAAAAUCUUAUGUCAAAAUAAUGAUUCUACAAAGAAACAUGAGAAUAUAUGAAAUGAUCAUUGCAAAGCAGUACAACAUUAAAAAAAUCUGAAAACUGUCACAUCAUCACUAUAGUUUCACAAACUCCCUGUAAGGUGUACUAUCCAUUUUGUGGUGAUAACUGCCUUCCCUAAUAUUCUACUCCAAAUAAAAAAUAAUAUUGGUGGCAAUGUUCACAUAAGUUUUACACACACUCACACACACACACACACACACACACA